AUGGCAUACGCUCCCGUUGAUCCUCCCUCUUUUUCGGGGGAGUCACGGAGGGUGGUAGAUUAUUUCUACGAUCAAAAUAUUGGGAACUAUUCAUAUUCGUCUGGCCACCCCAUGAAGCAGCACCGGGUGAGGCUCGCGCACAGCUUGAUCCUGAACUAUGACCUAUACACCAAGAUGAAAAUAUUUCGCGCGCAACCAGCCUCCAAACUUGAGAUGACCCAGUUCCAUACGGAGGACUAUAUCGAUUUUCUUUCAAAAGUGACCCACGAAAACAUGGGCUCCAUGAACAAGGAACAGAUGAAGUUCAACGUCGGUGAUGACUCGCCCGUGUUCGACGGCCUGUUCGAGUACUGUUCAAUUAGCGCUGGUGGGAGUCUGGAGGGAGCAGCGCGGUUAGGUCGGAAAAAAUGUGAUAUCGCUGUCAACUGGGCUGGCGGACUUCACCAUGCGAAGAAGAGCGAAGCGAGUGGCUUUUGCUAUGUCAAUGAUAUUGUAUUGGCUAUCAUCGAGCUUCUAAGAUACCAUCAACGCGUUGUUUACGUCGAUAUCGAUGUGCAUCACGGUGACGGUGUCGAGGAAGCAUUUUUCACUACUGACCGAGUCAUGACGGUCUCGUUCCAUCAAUACGGGGAAUUUUUCCCAGGAACGGGCGAACUCCAGGACGUCGGGGCUGACAAGGGGAAAUACUACGCUGUGAACUUCCCACUGCGUCACGGGAUCGACGAUGCCUCCUAUAAAGGUAUCUUCGAACCGGUAAUGAGGAAGGUCAUCGAACGAUACCGGCCCGGCGCGAUAGUCCUACAAUGCGGCGGGGAUAGCCUUUCAGGCGACCGGCUCGGUUCCCUGAACCUUAGCAUGAGGGGUCACGCGAAUUGCGUGAACUUCAUCAAAUCCUUCGGGCUGCCAACAUUAAUCGUUGGAGGCGGGGGUUACACUAUGCGCAAUGUAUCUCGGACCUGGGCGUACGAGACGGGCCUCGCGGUCGGGGUGGAUUUGCCAUCUGAGUUACCACCACAUGAGUACUACGAGUAUUAUGCGCCUGAUUAUGAGCUUGAUGUCAAGGCUUCCGAUAUGCCUAAUACUAAUUCGUAUGAAUAUCUAGAGAAGAUCAAGAUGAAGAUAUUUGAAAAUCUGAAAGAGACAACUUUCGCCCCAUCUGUUCAAAUACAGCCCGUUCCCCGGGUAUCUCUAGGGCUGGAUGAGGAGACCGAGGAUAUGCUCGACGAUGCCGAUGAGGACGAGAACAAAGAUAGCCGUCACACGCAGCGUAGAUCGGAUAAGCGAACCGAAGCGGAAGGAGAGCUGAGUGAAAGCGAGGACGAAGACAGCGGAUAUGUCAAACGGAAAGGCGGCCGACCCAGGAGGAACGAGAUGAGUUCCCGAGAGCCGACCACCGCUCCGUCGGACGCCGACGAGCCGAUGAGUGGCUCGUUAAGCCAGUCCCCGGUUCCGAAAUCAACAGCAGCCGCUUCGCAGGUCACAACUGAUGUAGAAAUGAACGACGAACCUCCAGCAGCCGAGCCAGAACCCGAAGAGAGCUCAACGGUUGCCAGCCCUGCUAAGGAUGAAUCGAGCAGUUCCACGAUGCAGAAAUCUGAUGAAGCCGAUGGGAAGGAUGAAGACGAUGAAAAGGAUGAACCUGAGGAGAAGAAUGACAAGGACGAGAGGGACGAAAGUGAUGAGAAGGAUGAAGACCAUGGGAAGAUUGAAGACGAUAGGAAGGCUGAACCUGAUGAGAAGAAUGAAAGGGAUGAGAAGGGUGAAGAGGACGAGAAGGAUGAAGACAUGAAAGAUGUGACCAUUGAGGAUGCUCCACCAUUAGAGGAAAGCAAACCUGCUACAGAAGAGAAGGAAGAUGUCGAGAUGACCAUGGAAAUUCCGCCGCCAACCGAAGAAACUGCCAAUGAUAAUGAGGCUGAAAAGGAGACUGAAAAGGAACCUCAAAAGGAGACUGAGAAUCAGACGGAAAGGGAGACUGAAAAGGAGAGUGAAGAGAAAACUGAAAAGGAGAUUGAAAAGGAGAGUGAAGAGAAGACUGAAAAGGAGCCUGAAAAGGAGGCUGAGAAGGAAACCGAGAAGAGGGCUGAGGUGCAGGCUGAGGAGGAGAUAAAAGACACUCCUAUGACUGAAGAGGAAAUCAAAGAAGAAUAG